GAUCAUUGUCUUGGAUACAGAUAUAAUAUUUGCGACAGACAUCGCAGAACUUUGGGAAUUGUUUUCCGAACAAUCUUCUAAGCAGGUGAGAUACAUGUUGCAUACUUGCAUUUUAUUUUCAUGACCACGAAAAAUGAAUUACAUACGUAAAAAUCUCAAGUUGUUACAGGUCAACUGUCGACAAGUUGUGUUCGCACUGCUUGUUCCCAGUUGUUGUAACAAGUUUGGAACAACCUGUUAACAACUUGUAACAAGCUUGAUGGCAUUAUCAGACUUGUUACAAGGUUGUUCUAACAAGUCUGAUACAGUCAUGAUAUAACAAGAAUGUUACAAGGUUGACGACACAAGGUUGCAACAAUAUUGUAAAAUCAUAACUGUAUCGAGGACUUGUUGCAACAACCUUGUAACAAGUCUGAUAAUAUCAACAAAGUUGUUACAAGUUGUUCACAGCUGCUUGUUCCAAACUUGUUGACAAUUUGGGACAAGCAGUGCGAACACAACUCGUUGACGGCUUGUUGGCACACUUGCUACAAGAUGUGGGACUUUUCCGUGUGUACGUACUGGCGACUCUAAUUACCACAUUUCAAGCGAAACCCACCGUGUGUUCCUUCUAUAGUGUGUUGGUCUGGUUGAAAAUCAAAGUGAUUGGUACUUGGGAAAGUUAUGGAAAAACCACAAACCAUGGCCUGCUUUGGUGAGAAAAAUCAGAAAAUAUCAUCCACUACAGUAUAUAUAUAUUGUUUAGGGAUCUAUAACUAUAGUUUAGGGACCGCUCAUUAUUUUUGGCGGGGGUCAGGGACGCUGGAACGAUCAUAAGGCAAAGGGGGGGCAGACGCACACCAAGGGCACCUCUAUAGAGCAAAAGAUAAAAAUCUACUGGAAAAUUUUUUUUCCUGGAAAUUCCCCCCCCCCCCCGUCACCAAAAAAAUUUCGGUCAGUGUACCAUUUUAAGGGUCAAAAAAAUUUUCCGGACAUAUCAAAAUUUUCCAUGAAGUCAAAAAAUUUAUCUAAAUUCCAAAAAUUUUCUAAAAUUUUUGCAAAUUUAACUCAUUCUUUACCAAAUUCAAACUUAUUUUUGUAAAUUAACUUUCUCUGGGCCUAUAAAUUACCUGAAUCUCAUGAUUUUCCCAGAAAAAGCAUCACUGGAAAUGUGAUUUAUCACGUAGUAUUUUACAACUAAAAGGGCACUUCUGCCCCCCCCCCUGCCCCCCUAGCAAAAGGCAAGGGGGGCAGCCCCCCCCCCCCCCCCUGACCCCCAGUUCCGGCGUCCCUGACGGGGGUGGCACACAGCCUAGACCUAGGCCUUCUAUUUUUAUUAUUUUUAAAUAUUCAGCGGUUUUUCACAUGAGAAGACUGAGAUCUAGCCCCUAGGCCAGGGUGGCACCGAAGAGAAAUUGUUUUUUUUUUAUAAACUCAAAAAAAACUUUUGUAAAAGUCAAAAAAAAUUUUAUUCCAACCUUGGCUGAUCCAACCAUAGCGCAUUGGAGCGCAUUGCAACUCUAUGGGUUAAUAAUUUGUUCAUUUUGUUUAGGGGCGUGGUUUCAAUACGGGAGUUAUGUUGCUGGAUCUCAAUAAACUCCGAGAAUUGAACUGGAUGUCGAUUUGGCGUCUGACCGCUGAACGAGAGUUGAGCACCUUUUUGGCGACGUCGUUAGCGGACCAGGUACGUUUGCUCCACUAGCUUUCGUGUUGAAUUUCUCUUUUAAUACUUGUUCGUAUAUGAGAAGUUACAUCGUACACUCGAAGUCGUGAUACCUAGACAAUAGAGCGUUUGCAAUGGCGUUUGCACAUGACGUCACAGCCGACAUGUUGGUGUUCCAAUAGACAAUUCCCAUUAUAGACUAAUUUUUUUAAUAAUUUAAUUUUUUUUAAUUCUACUUCUUAUUGUUAUGUAUAAAUUGGGCGAAAAAAUUUUUUUUAAAAAUUAUCUUGGCAAAAAAAGUGCUGUAUAUUGAUAUUUCCGGAAAGAGCAUACUAAAAUGAGUAAAAUUGCAAAGUUUGGUUGCGAAAUGUUGUAAAAUGCGGAAAAUAUAGCUUUGCAAAGUUCGCAAAUUUUGUAUACUUUUGUAGUGCGUGCGGAAAUUGCUACCACAUUUGGGCCGAAAAUGGUAGCGAUUUCCGCACGCAAUACAAAAAUAUACAAAAUUUGCAAACUUUGCAAGGCUAUAUUUUCGCAUUUUACAACAUUUCGCAACCAAAUUUUGCAAUUUUACUCAUUUUAGUAUGCUCUUUCUAGCUGUGGUGAUUUAUUUGCAUCUCCUUGCCUAGUUUCAAAAUUAGUCUAUAAUGGUAAUUGUAUAUUAUUAUUAUUAAUGAGUAUUAUCAUUUUUUUGUAGGAUAUUUUCAACGCCGUAAUAAAGAAGCAUCCUUACCUAGUCCAAAAGUUACCAUGUGGUUGGAAUAUUCAACUCAGUGACAAUAUGCGAAGCGAGGUACCGCAUACACUAUUUAAGAGGCAAUUUUUUUCAAUGUCACGUAUUUGCAAUGAAAAGCGUUCAAAACCUAAAUCGUUUUGGCGUUCCUUUCAAAAUUAUUUUGUUUUAGCUUUAUUCUCUAGUCUAUACAGUUAGCAACCUUUUUAAAUGCAUCUGCCGGUUGAGAAACAUAAAAUAAUAGUCAAAAAUUGUCAAUUAAGAUAUAUUAUCAAUGAUGCUUUAAAAUUGACGCCAUGUUUACAGCCAUAUAAAGCCAAACUUACUGAACAUCAGACGUCAUUUUCUCUUUGGCGUAUCAUCUAAAACCUUUUCAUUUUAGCAUUAUUUUACAGAUAAAGCACUAAACAUACUUUUUAAGUUUGUUUGCCGAUUGAGAAACGUAUUGAAAAAUAGAAAUUUGAAUUUAGUCAUAACCUCAAGUGGUAUAUUAUACACAUUAAUUUUGAGCGCGUAUUACGUAACAUACAAAAAAAAAUCUCCUCUUAACAAAAAUAUAAGAUUUUGCCGUUGUCUGUGCAGUUAUAGAUACACAGUAUGACGUCAUAAUGUGGAAAGAACAAAAAAGUCGGGAGCCGCCGAGGCGAGUGGGUCACUUUUUUGUCCCCCCACACACACACACAUGGCCUGACCAGUCGGACCCGAAUUCUUUUCUCUGUAUCAAUGGAAAGAUCUGGUCUAUGUUUCUCAAAUAUCUAGCGAAAAUGGACCUCAUUCUAAUGUUAUCGAAAUUUUCCGGUCAGAUAGGUCCGAAGCCCAAAUGUUUUGUGUUUCAUUCAACAAUUUGACCGUUCUGACCGGUCUGACCGUGUUAAUGGAAAGCGCCCCAUGUAGCGAACUGGGCUCAUUACAGAGCUUUACGAAGCCAAAGCGAACAUUGACAUUUUUGUGAUGGGUCACGUGCAUGGCUCACAAGCAUGCGAGAGAAAAACAGUGAGAAAUCAGUGAGAGAAAUUUGUGUUUUAUUAUUACUAAAGUUAUUAUUAUAAAGUUAUUAUUAUUUUGGUAUUGUGAAUUGCCCUGGAUACCCCCCAAGGAGGCGAUAAUUCAGGACAUCUAUAACUGAACAGACAACGGCAAAAUCUUAUCUAUUUGUUUUAUAUAAUAAAAAGAAAAAAACCCGAAUUAAACAGGUGAAUAUCUUACUUUUUAUCCACCCAAACAUUUGGAAAUAUGAAAAUGUCGAAAUUUUACAAAUAUCACGCGUACGUGAUCUAUACAAUAAGGGAAUGCUAGUAUUGGCUACCUUAAUUAUGACGUAAUUCCGUGCGUUUGUCUUCUAAUAGAUCAUGGCUCUCGACCAAUGAAAGCGCUUGAAUUCUUAACGUUAUUAUAUAAAUAAUUUUUUAUCUUUACUACUAAUUUGCAAAGUAUACAUUGAAGGGUUUUUGUUGGUGGAAGUUUGGCGCUAAAAUUAUAUGCAUUUUAGUUACAUUAUUUCCCUAUUUGUUUUAGUCGAUAGAAACCUGCUAUGCCGAGGUAUCCAAUCUCAAGGUUAGUGUCCUGCCUGUACACGCGUUGAGAUCUCGCAGCUUGUCAACAAGACGUGUUCGCACUGCUUGUUCCCUGUUGUAGUGACAAGUCUGGAACACAUCCUGAUAUCGACUUGACAACAACCUUGUUACAACUUGUUUGCAGACUAUAUAUAAUAAUCUGAUCUGUAAAAACUUGCGCGUUUUUACCUGUGUACUGUACUUCGUGUAUGUACAUUAUUAGUGUUUUGGAGUACACACACAAAAAUCUCACAUCUUGUAGCAAGUCAGUCAACAAGUUGUGUUCGCACUGCUUGUCCCAAUUAAGUUGUCAACAAGUAUGGAACAAGCUGUGAACAGUUGUAACAACCUUGUUGAUAUUAUCAGACUUGUUGCAUAUACAAUUACUUUAUGGUUUCCGUGUUUGGAUGGCCUGAUCCAAACACGCGGGAAUGUUGCGAGAGUUGAGAAAAGUGGGCGAACACGAGCCAAAGGCGAGUGAUUUUGCGCGCUUUUCUUAACUCGAGCAACAUUCCCAAGUGUUUGGAUCAGGCCAUCCAAACACGGAAACCGUAAAGUAAUUGUUUUAUAAAAUAACAACGACACGAUAGUCUUCCGUGUUUGGAUGGCCAGUGGCCUGAUCCAAACACGGGUUUCGACCAAUCAGAGCACGCGUUAUAUACAUGUUAUUUUAUAGAGAUUGUUCCAACAAGUCUGAUACAGUCAUGAUAUAACAAUAUUGUUACAACGUUGUGUCGUCAACCUUGUAACAUUCUUGUUAUAUCAUGACUGUAUCAGACUUGUUAGAACAACCUUGUAGCAACUUAAAUUGUUACGAACAGCCUGUAUUGACUGUAUUAGUCUUGUUGGAACAACUUGUAGCAAGUCUGUUGCCGUCAUCAAUCUUGUAACAAGAUGAUACCAACUUGUUCCAGACUUGUCACAACAACUGGGAACAAGCAGUGCGAACACAUCCUCCAGGUGAUCUCGUGUUCGCAUUUUAGCCAAUCAGCGCUCAGAAAGGGUUGUCCGGAUAGAAAUCCAUUUUGAUGUAUUCAGUCAAUUAUAUCUUUCGUUAUUCUUUAUGAAACUAGUUGAAAUUUUGUAAUUAUGUUUGCUUAUGAGAACUAUAGCUCUGACAAAAAUAUGGAAUCAAAAUAAAGUAUAUUACAGGACUGAUAUUCAGUUGUUUUAAUCAUAAAAUGGAUUUGUAUUUGACAACUAGUGCCAGUACUUUCCCGCGUAUCAAGAUCAUCUGGCUGAUAUCGACUUCACAACAAUCUACAAACUCUAUACUUGUAGAUAAAUUUUCUUAUAUUUCUUUUGCAUUCCUUGUAAUGGCUAUAUAGGUUAUUCACUGGAAUUCGCCGAAAAAAUUAAAAGUGAAAAAUUCUCACGCGGAAUUUCUGCGAAAUCAUUAUCUCACAUUCUUGGAAUAUGAUGGAGAUUUAUUGAGGUAAAAAUGAUUUGUUGGAGCAGGAUGGUUGCUUCCAAAUAUGUCAUGCGUAUUUUGAAAUCGUAAAUCUUGUUUUCAGAGGGCGAUUGUUCAGUUGUAUGAAAGCCGACGAAGCUCGAUCAUCUGUUCUUAAGGUUUGUACUUUAGAAAUUCAUACGAGAUUGAGAUUUUUGCGUGUGUAUAACUGUAUGUUUAUGAGCAGCAGUGUUUUAUCAGAUAAAAAGAUACGAGGCGAAGCCUAGUAUCUUUAGGUCUGAUAAAACAUGCACAGCGAAUAUUUUAAAUUGCUUCAAAAACGAUCGAUCUAGUAAGUUCAUUGGCGAAGUAAUAAAAAAAAUAAAAGGGGGGGGGGAUAAAAAAAGAAGUAAUUUUCAAAAAAUACGUUGUGUAAGUCGAGAAAAUCAAAGUUAAAGUUUAUGUAAAUCAAGGGAAAUCUCCAUCACACAUAAAGAUACGACACGCUUAUGAUUUUUCUUUGUGUUUUCCUCAUGAAUUAUUAAUGAGUUUUUGAAUGUUGUUCAGAGUCUUGACGAAGAUGAUCCGUGUUAUGAUGUUCGUCGUGAACGAUUGUUGACCCGCAGAACGCAUUUGUACUACCUCAAAUAUGACUUUAUCAAGGUACGAUAGGCCGAUUAGGGGAAGGAAAUUCAUUAAUUGGAUCUUGAUUGACUUAUCGAUUGAGUCGUUGAUCAAUUUAUUAAUUGUUUGAUUAUUGAUUGAUUAUUUUUUAAGUAAUUAAUUGAUCGAUGAUUGGUUGACUAUUGGUUGAGUACUUAAUUGAUUGAUGAUUGAUUAUGGUUGAGUAAUUAAUUGAUUGAUUAUUGGUUGAGUUAUUAAUUGAUUGACAAUUGAUUGAUUAUUGGUUGAAUAAUUAAUUGAUUGAUUAUUUGGUUGAGUACUUAAUUGAUUGAUUAUUCGUUGAGUUAUUAAUUGAUUGAUGAUGAUUGAUUAUUAGUUGAAUAAUUAAUUGACUGGUUAUUGGUUGAGUACUUAAUUGAUUGAUGAUUGACUGAUUAUUGGUUGAGUUAUUAAUUGAUUGAUGAUUGAUUGAUUGUUGGUUGAUUAAUUGAUUGAUUAUUGCUUGAGUACUUAAUUGAUUGAUGAUUAAUUAUCGAUUGAUUAAAUUAAGUCAAUGUUAAUUGCCUGAGUGAUUAAUUGAAUUAUUAGUUGAUUAAUUGAUAGAUUGUUUGAUCAAGUCACCAACUCACUAUAAUUCCAAACUUUCUCCGCAGCAUGAUGAGUAUGACGUCACACUGGUUGCUCAGUUGUCCAUGGACAGAUUACAAAUGAUCGAAGCAAUUUGCAAACAAUGGAAAGGUACUUGAAAACACAACAUCAAAUUUCACUUCUGUCGUACUGUAUUAGUUAAAAAGUUGGGCAGUUUAUUUUAGUUCAGAGUAGAUUGCAUCAAUUUUACCGAUCAUUUCCCCCCUGAUUUUUCCGUUAUGGAUUCACUACUGUAUUUACUGUGUUAUUUAUAUAAUUAUCUUCAUAAUUAAUUUAAAUUAAUUGAUAAUUAUUAAUUCCGUUUCUAGGUCCCAUAAGCUUUGCAUUAUAUCUGUCAGACUCCGAAGCGAUGCAGUUUCUUGAUUAUGCUCAGUUUUCAAAUAUUUUGAAGAAAAGAAAGAAUGUUGCCUAUCAUCUUGUGUUCAAAGACGGGGUAGGUUAAUACUGGAUCAAUAUGUCAUGAGAUGAUUCUUACUGGACCUCUAGAGAAAACAGUGAUUACAGUGUAGAACUUAGUUUAAGUUUCCUCCUGUAGUAACACUGGAUCAAUAAGAGAUGAUCCUUACUGGACCUCUAGGAAGAACAGUUUAGAACUGAUAGAGCUAUCCAGUAUAAAUAAAGUUAGUUUAGUUUAGGUUUCCUCCUGUAGUAACACUGGAUCAAUACGAAAGAUCCUUACUUGACCUCUAGGGAGAACAGUUCAGGACUGAUAGAGCUAUCCAGUAUAAAUAAACUUAGUUUAGUGUAAGGUGAAAGCCAGUCGCAGCAACUAAUAAAGAAACAAUUAAAUUCAAAAUCAUGUUUAUUUUAUUUAGACGUUUUAUCCAGUUAACGCUCUACGUAAUAUCGCGCUGACGAACGCCAGAACACCGUACGUAUUUCUGAGUGACAUAGACUUUGUCCCACCUGAUACUCUUUAUGACUAUCUCAGGUAAGCUGGUAUCAAUUUGUAGGGUUGGGGGGCCAUUUAUAUGAUACCUCUUUAAAACGUAGCACUUAAUAUUUGUAAAAUAAAAAUUAGCUGUUUUAAAUUCUGAUACAUUUAUGUCAAUUGUAUUCGAAUCUUUAAUUGCAGACAAAUUAUUCGAACCACAGACAUGACGAAAAAGGUACGAAAAGUUUUCAAUUUUAUCAACAGUUUUAGCUGAGUAACUAUAACUAAGGGAAGCCUCACAUAUCGAUUUUGUCCAUGAGAAACGUCAUAUGUUCGUUUCUCUGGAGACCCCCCCCCCACCCCCCCUUAGAAACGUCACACAUAGUUAUCGAUAUUUUGUUCUUAUAGUACACAUAAGGUAAUUUUCUACUAUUUUUUUCGGUCGGCUAUUGGCGAUACUUCCGCGAGGAAUAUGUCAUCUUCUGCUGACAUACUCUAGUAUUAAUAUAUAUGUGAACUUCAAAAUUUCCAACGUUUCUCAAAACAACUUUUUUGCAUGAAAUAUUGAUAAUUUUAGCGCGUAUUUCUUGAAAUAUGAGAGAAACAGAGAAACGUCACAGCUGCCAACCCCCCCACCCCCAAACGAACAUAUGACGUUUCUCGUGGAAAAAAUCGAUAUGUGAGGCUUCCCUAAAGCCUAUUUGACAACAUCAAAGUUUCUGUGAUCACAGUAGGAAUUUUGCAUGGGUAAAUUCUAAGUUUUGAAGGAUUUGUGAAAUGUACGGUACCCAUCUUGAAAUAACGAGUUGACCGGCACGACCAGUUUCGUUUGACGAGAUUCGAAUGUAAACAAUAUAGCCGCUUUGAUUUCCCAUGGAUUUAAAAGGCGCCAUUACACUAGCAAAGUUUCUGUCAUCACAGUAGGAAUUGUGCAUAGGUAAAUUCUAAAUUUUGAAGGAUUUGUAAGAAAUUGUCAAGAAAACUGACUCACUGUUAAACAAUGAGUCAGUUCUCAAAACGUAGAAUUUACCCAUGCAAAAUUCCUAUACUCAUUCAAGACAAUAGACAAUUCUCAUUAUAGACUAAUUUUAAAACUAGACAAUGAGAUGCAAAUUAAUCACCACAGCUAGAAUGAGCAUACUAAAAUGAGUAAAACUGCAAAGUUUGGUUGCGAAAUGUUGUAAAAUGCGGAAAAUAUAGCCCCUAUGGCAAAGUUUGUAUACUUUUGUAUUGCGUGCGGAAAUUGCUACCAUUUUCGGCCCAAAUGUGGUAGGAAUUUCCGCACGCAAUACAAAAGUAUACGGAAUUUGCAAACUUUGCAAGGCUAUAUUUUCCGCAUUUUACAACAUUUCGCAACCAAACUUUGCAAUCUUACUCAUUUUAGUCCGCUCUUUCCGGGAAUAUACUUUUUAUUGCCAAGAUAAAAAAAUAGUCUAUAAUGGGAAUUGUCUAUAAUCAUUCCAUCUUACAGGCCUUAGUUGUGCCGGCUUUCGAGACGCUUCGCUACAAACUUUCGAUACCAAAAACAAAAGCUGAACUGCUCUCAAAGUUGGACGAGGGUCUGUUGUAUACAUUCAGAUAUCAUGUUUGGCCCAAGGGACAUGCGCCGACCAAUUAUGCAAAAUGGAGGACUGCUAUCAAACCUUAUAAGGUAAAAAUUUAAAAGUUGCUUGAACACAGUGUAAUGGACCUAAUACCUAAUGAACAAAAUUUUAAUCUAGACAAGUCUAGACAAACAUUUCACCACAGCUUGAAAGAGUAUCACAAAAUUAGUAAUAUUCCGAAGUUUCGUUGCGAAAUGUUGUAAAAUGCGUUUUGUGAUGCUCUUUCAAGGCGUGAUAAAAUUUUUGUCUAGAUCAAAAUUUUGUUCAUUAGGUAAUAGGUUCAUUAACGUACUCGGAAGACUCGAAAGUUAACUAAAUCAACUUUAUUUAUAUUGGGUAGCUCUAUCAGUUCUAAACUGUUCUCCCUAGAGGUCCAGUAAGGAUCAUCUCUUAUUGAUCCAGUGUUACUACAGGAGGAAACCUAAACUAAACUAACUUUGUUUAUACUGCAUAGCUCUAUCUGUUCUAAACUGUCUCCCUAGAUGUCAACAAGUUCGUAACAAGCUAUUAACAGCUUGCAGCAACCUUGUUAUAUUAUAAUACUUGUUGCAAGGUUGUGUCGUCAAUCUUGUAACAUUCUUGUUAUAUCAUGACUGUAUCAGACUUGUUAGAACAACCUUGUGACAAGUCUGAUAAUGCCAUCAAGCUUGUUACAAGUUGUUAACAGCUUGUUCCAAACCUGUUGCAACAACUGGGAACAAGCAGUGCGAACACAUCUUGUGAACAAAUUUGUAACAACUUGUGUGUACACACGUAAAAAUCUCACAACUUGUCAACAAGAUGUGUUCGCAACAGGCUUGUAGCAAGCUUGUCAACAGGUUGUAGCAAUGCUGUUAUUUUAUCAAGUUGCUGCAAGGUUGUCACUCGCAACUUGUUGACAAAUUGUGAAUUGCAGGACGAUAACAAGUUGUUGGACCAACUUGUAACAAGUCUGUUGAGCUCAACAACCUUGUAGCAAGUUGUCAACAAGCUGGGAACAAGCAGUGCGAACACAUCCUGUUGACAAGUUGUUGGAACAGCAUUGCUACAAGUCUGCUGCGAGUUUAAUACAACUUGUGCGUUUUUACGUGUGUAGGGUACAACAGUUCAUAUAUGAAGUUUUAAACGAAUUCUUAGGUGCUGUGGGAGGAGGAUUUUGAACCGUACAUCGUUGUGAAGAAAGACAUUCCAAAAUACGAUACGAGAUUCGUGGGAUUUGGCUGGAAUAAAGUUUCGCACGUCAUGGAAGUAGCUGUACAGGGGUACGUUUCACUUACUACGUAAAUAUAAUUGUUUUCAUUUGUAAAAAAACACCAUGUUUAUUGUCUUAGCAAAGCUCUGGUUGUUCGUCACAUGUCGUAGUGUUUCAACAAAGAAGAUAAUCAAUUUUGAUUUUAGUUUCGAAUUUGAAGUUCUUCCAAAUGCGUUUAUCGUCCACAUGCCUCAUGGUCCUUCGUUGGACAUCGCAAGACAUCGAAACACCGAACAAUAUCGAAGGUAUUUGUUGGUGGUGCUACUGUUGUUGUUGUUGUUGUUGUUGUUGUUGUCGUUGUCGUUGGUAUCGGCUGUUGUUGCUGCCGGUUGCUGUUGUUGUUGUACCCUGGGUACGAGGUUGGUUGUUGUUAUCGUUGGUGUCGGCUGUUGUUGUUGCUGUUGUUGUUGUUGUUGUUGUUGCCGGUUGUUGUUGUUGCUGUUGUUGUUGCCGUCGGUUGCUGUUGUUGUUGUUGUUGCCAGUUGCUAUGUUGUUGUUGUUGCUGUCGUUGUGUUUUGUAGUAGUUGUUGUUGUUGUUGUUGUUGUUGUUGUUGUUGUUACGUAUUGUUCCGUUGUGCCAUGACAAAACAAACCACUAACAAAAAUCAAUCUACUUUCAGGUGUAUGAAAAUCCUAAAAGCUGAGUUUAUGGACGAGCUCAGAGUGAAAUAUGGAGCUCAGCAAGUCGAUCAAGCUGUAGCUAUGGAUUGAAGGACAGAAUUUGUUUUCUACCUCCCUCGAUUUACGUGACAAAGUGCAAGCUUCACGUGAGAAGGUAAAUGUUUCACGUGAAAAGGAAAAGUAUCACGCGAGAAAAUUGGACGUGAUAAGAUGGAAAGUUUCAUGUAGCAAGCCGAGAAUUUCACGUUGCAAGUGUGGAUUCACGUCACAAAAUGGCAGUUAAAUCACGUGGCAAGGUGUAAGGAGAAAAUUCAGGGCCUCGCAUACACACGCAACAUGUUCGCACUGCUUGUUCCAAGUUGUAAUCAAGCUUGUUACAAGUUGUUAACACCUUGUAACAAGCAUGUUGAUACAGUUCCUGUAACAAGUUUGGAACAAGCUGUUAACAACUUGUAACAAGCUUGAUGGCAUUAUCAGACUUGUUACAAAGUUGUUCUAACAAGUCUGAUCUGAUACAGUCAUGAUAUAACAAGAAUGUUAUAGGGUUGACGACACAAGGUUGCAACAAUAUCAUUAUAUCAUGACUGUAUCGGACUUGUUGGAACAACCUUGCUACAAGUCUGAUAAUAUCAACAAGCUUGUUACAAGCUGUUUAAAGAACUUGUACAAUAUUGUUAUAUCAUGACUGUAUCAGACUUGUUGGAACAACCUUGCUACAAGUCUGGUAGGGAACCAGGGGCGGAUCCAGCCCCCAAACUGACCGUGGCUCCUAAAUUAAAGCACGCAUAACUAGGGGGGUUCCGGGGGCAUGCCCCCCCGGAAAAUUUUUGAAAUUUGAAGCCCGGAAACACCAUUUCCUGCAAUCUGAGCGGCGUAUUUCCUCCUCAAAUUUCGGUCUAUGGACGGCGAAGCAUGGCCAUCAUUUGCUUUUGGUGCUACCAAAAGUGAUAUUAAAUAUAUCAACAGUUUGGGUAGGAUAGUAUGAUUGAAUUGUAAGCCAAUUACCGUCGCUAAGGUAAACAUCAUCAACGUGAAUUCGUAAUUAUGCGC